AUGAAGAGAGAUGCGAAUAGUAAAAGAAACGAGAGGCAGAGAGAUAGAUUCCAUGUAAUUCACAAGGUCCCUUAUGGAGAUUCUCCUUAUGUCAAAGCCAAACACGCUCAGGUAGUAGAGAAGGACAUGGAAGCAGCAGUGGUAUGGUUUUGGAAAGCAAUAAACGGAGGAGACAGGGUGGAGAGUGCUCUUAAGGACAUGGCCGUCGUCAUGAAACAGCUCGACCGAACCGAAGAAGCCAUCGAAGCCAUUAGAUCCUUUAGGUCUCUUUGCCCCAAGACCUCUCAAGAUUCUCUCGACAACAUCCUCAUAGAUCUAUACAAGAAAUGUGGAAGAAUAGACGAACAGAUCGAAAUCUUGAAGAAGAAACUGAGAUCUGUGUAUGAAGGAGAUGCCUUCCAUGGGAGAGUGACCAAAACGGCUCGCUCCCAUGGCAAGAAAUUCCAAGUCACUCUCCCUAAAGAAACCUCUCGAAUACUCGGAAAUUUGGGCUAUGCCUAUAUGCAAAAACAAGAUUACAGGCUAGCAGAGACAUUAUACAAGGAGGCCCAAAUGAUGGACCCAGAUGCAAAUAAAGCUUGUAGCUUGACCCUAUGCCUCAUCAAGCAAGCCCGCUCCGACGAGGGCCGAGCCAUUCUAAACGACGUCGUUGCUGGUCGGGUCUCGGGAUCCGAUGGCCCGAGCACACGGCGGCGCGUGGAGGAGCUUCUCGCCGAGAUAAAGGCCAUGGAUGAGCCUCCUAGUGGUAAUGAUCACAAUGAUGACGAUGAUAUAUUGGGCCUAGAUAUGGACUUUGUUAAUGGGCUUGAGAAACUGAUGGCCCAAUGGGGACCGUCUCGGUCCAAAAGACUCCCCGUCUUCGAAGAGAUCUCUUCUUGCGUGGAUCAGUUGGUUUGCUAAGGGAAUUUGAAAUCUUUGUACCGGAACCGGUUUAGUGGUAUUGGUUCGGUUUGUUU